UUCUAUCCCCUCAGCCAUAAGCACUGUGAGCAUUCCUGUAUGCCUGGGCACAUUUUGCAGGUCACAAUUUGCAGGUCACUCUCCGUUCACCUAGUGAAUGUUUGCACACGUCCCUGUUUGCCUUUGUAUUUGCUCGCAGUGUUCCUAAAUCUGUGUGCCUUUAAGGUGUGGGAGGGAUCUUGGCUGCUUCUUUCUGUGAGAGAUCAACCCUUCUGCUCAGGCCCUUCCCUUCAGAAACGGGCACCAGAAGGGCUGCGUAGUUGCCUGGAGAGUCAACAACACUCUUAAAAGAAAGAGAGAGAGAAUAAGAAGCAAAGGGCAGAAGUGUACAUUGCCAGAUGAUAAGAAAGAUUAGCCAACAUUAUUUAGGGGAAAAAAAGAAUCUAAACAUGCCUUUUGGUUAAUAUUAACUUUCCCUGUGCUUUGCAGUGGAGUGAACUAAAACUUCCCUGUUCUUGGUUUCCGGUCUACUUGUACUUUUUGCCGCCGGGAUGGAGCCCUUGGGGAUGUCCACCGUCCUCCUGGUCGUCUGCAUCUCCUGCCUUCUUCUUUCUGCCGUCUGGAAAAGGGGGGCCCAGAGGAAGGGCAAGAUGCCCCCCGGCCCCACUCCGCUGCCCCUCAUUGGGAACGUCCUGCAGCUGAAGGGCAAGUCCUUGGACCAGGCGCUCUGCAAGAUAAGUGAGGAGUAUGGCCCUGUGUUUACACUUUAUUUGGGGAUGAAUCCUGCCGUGGUGCUAUAUGGCUAUGAGGCCAUUAAAGAAGCAUUGAUUGACCAUGGCAACGAUUUUGCUGACAGGGCAAAAGCACCAUUGAUAGAAAAAAUGGGUGACGGGAAAGUUCCAGGAAUCGUAUUCAGCAACGGGGAGACCUGGAAGCAGAUCCGGCGUUUUACCUUGACCACCCUCCGCAACUUUGGGAUGGGGAAGAAGAGCAUUGAGGAGAGAAUCCAGGAAGAAACCCAGUAUCUCCUGGAACAAUUCCAUGAGAAAAAAGGGCAACCCUUUGACCCACAAAACCUCUUCGGCUGUGCUACCGCCAAUGUCAUCUGCUCUGUUGUCUUUGGGAAGCGCUACGAAUACAAUGACAAGAGGUUUCAAACCCUGAUAACUGUAACAGUUGAAAACAAUGAGCUUUUUAACUCUGGUUGGGGACAGCUCUACAAUACCUUCCCUGUUCUGAUGGAAUGGAUCCCAGGACCCUAUCAGCGCAUGAUACAACGCUCUGACAAAUGCAACAAAAUUGUUUUAGAGGAAGCCAAGGAACACAGGGCUACUUUGGACCCCAACUCACCUCGAGAUUUCAUUGAUUGCUUCUUUAUCAGAAUGGAUCAGGAGAAGCACAAUGAGGCCUCUGAGUUCACCAUGGAGAGCAUGGUCAACUGCUGCCUGGAAUUGUUUGGUGCAGGAACCGAAACAACCAGCACUACGCUCCGAUACGGGUUCUUGAUCCUCCAGAAGUACCAAGAGAUAGAAGAGAAAGUGCAAGAAGAGAUUGACCGGGUGGUUGGCCGCUCUCGAAUGCCCAGCAUGGCUGACCGUGGACAGAUGCCUUAUACGGAUGCCGUCAUCCACGAGAUCCAGAGAUUCAUCUCUCUUUCUCCAAUAUCCGUCCCCCGUUCCGUGGUCAGUGACACGCCAUUAAGAGGAUACGUCAUCCCAAAAGGUACCACCAUCUUGCCUGUUCUGACCUCGGUGCUGCAUGACGGCAAGGAAUUUCCCAACCCAACAAAGUUUGACCCAGGACAUUUCCUGAACCCGGAUGGGACCUUCAGGAAGAGCAACUACUUCAUGCCCUUCUCGGCAGGCAAACGGAUGUGCGCAGGAGAAGGCCUGGCCCGCAUGGAGCUCUUCUUGUUCUUCACUUCUAUCCUCCAGAACUUCAAGCUGAAGCCCCUCACGGAUCCCAAGGACAUUGACCUCUCACCCAUGAAAGGGAACAUGAACAACGUCCCUCAUCCCUACAAGUUUUGCGUUAUCCCUCGCUGAAAAACUCAAAUCUGGAGAACAAACACCCUGGCAAGGUCAAGGGUGACCAGACAAACUCAGCUUUGCCUUAUGUUUUAAAGAUUUAUCCUAGACUAUCCUAGAAAAUGCCUCUGGGUCGAAUUAGUAUCCUCCAAAACUGUACCUGUGGGAGAGUUCAACUUGCUUGUUAUUAAAUAAUUUUUCAACCUAGA